CUCGGCGGAAACAGAAUCAAGGAAAUCCCUGAAAGAGCCUUCGAGAAUAUGCCAACACUUCAAGUAAUGUACGUAACAACUGAAUCAUAAGCAUCAUUCAUCUUGUUGAUGCCUUUCUAUUGUUAACAUUUGUUCUUAAUUUACUCAUUACUUCACUUGUCAUUUUUCACCUAAAAUCCAGGUCUUUGUUCUCUUUUAGCUUGCUUCAAAAUAACAACCUAACGAGAAUCCCUGAUCAAGCAUUCAAGCAGCAAAGGAAUCUUGAAGUAAUGUACGUACGAAAAUGACUGCCUUUGGCAGUUGUCACUAUUCGCUGUACCUUUUGUACAGUAACAUGAGAGCACCAUAGGUUUAGGGUUAUUUUCUUUUAAUAGAAGUAACCUGUUUCAAAAAUGCCCUGAAGUUUUUCAGAAACAAAAUAUUGCAUAUUCUUUCGUAAUAUGGAAACAGCUUGUGGUACCCACACAAGCAAACGCUGAUCAACUAUAUAGACUGAGUGCAAAGAUGAGCGCUGAAAAUACGUACGCUGGACCAAAGUCGAUUUUCACAGUGCGAUACAAUCCUAGCAAUUUAUUCAGUUAUAAUCCUAAUUAACAAGCACUGGCUAGACAUAUCUCUUUAAAGCACUAUACUACUGUUUAUUUAUUUUAAUCAACUUUUCAAGGCGCUGGUAUCAGUUAACAUAAGAACUACUAAUAUUUAUUUCCAGCUAAAGUCCUAAAAGCGAAUGUUCCAUUCAAAAACUUAUGAUUAAAAACAGCAAAUAAACUUUGAACCAAGAACUUUAAGCCAUUACAAAGAAAACCACAAACUUAUCUACCAAACAUUAGGAGACCUCCACUUACCAAUGGAAGGAGGGGGAGGGUGAUUUAAGAAAAAGUAAUCUCUCAAACGGGCCUAAAAAUCUCAUUCAUUGAGCUACGUGAGAAGAGUAAGUGAUGCAAGUAAAUGCUAGGGAUAUGUUGGUUAUUUUUUCAACCAGAGAUAGUCAAUUGUUUUCCAGUUUGCACCAUUCGUUGUCUAAAUGCAUCGUGAAAGAGAUGCCUAUAAAGUUCAACCCUUAGUUCGCUAAUGUAAGAUCGAUGGAAAUAACGUAUAACAGUAGGCGUUGCUGAUAAGACCAAGGGAACGAAGAGGCAAAAACAACAACAUGCGUUUGGUGUCUGAUAACAUUUUCCAUUUUCGGCGUUUCCUUAAGACUGGCAUAAAUUAAAUUUGGGACUUACGUUAAAGAAAUUAUCAGCCACUCAUAAGCUUCGAUUCAGUCUUUCCCCGGGAAGGAGGAAGAUCGGACCGAGAAUAUAGCGGUGGAAAUUCAGCCUAAUUCUCAGGCCCAAUUAAUUGCUUAACUAAGUUUGUAAGUACCGAAUUCAAUUUGCAUAGCGAUGUUUUAUAUAAUUACAUCACUUACCGCUACUUUUUAUUUGGUUUGUGAACCAUGGUUCAUUCUUUGCAGAUUAUUCGGGUAAAAAAGGUUACGGGCAAUCUAAAUUUCUUAUGAUUAAUUAAUACACCUUAUUCGAAAAUGUUGGCAAUAAUAGGGCCUGUUUACAGGGAGGCAGAGGACUUCGGUAGGUGAGGUAACCCGCUUAGGUGGGAUAACCCCCCUGUCCAUGUAAUCUCUCAUUUUAAUUUAAACCAGGAGCCCAUUUCCGAGGUUUCAAUGGGGUUAACCGAAGCCGUAAAAACUGAAAAAUUUUAACCGUUAGCCGUAAAUAGGGUAAAACGAGUUAACCGUAAAAAACAUUUUUCUCCUUAGAUUUGAUAAUUUUGAGGAAGGUGCUAAACCACUUAGAACGCCGGCGUUUCUUAUUUCACGGCUACUUUGACUCUUUAAGUUCAAGCUUCUGCUAGUUUUGCAUUGCAUUCUAUUCAUAAACUGUUAUGUUUUUUAUUAGGAAUGGUCCUUUUUGUGGCUCAUAAAAAAUUUUAGUUGACUGGCAAUAGCUUAACCUUUUGUUUCUAUUUUAAACAAAGAGUUCAUGUCAUUUUUAAGAGAAUAAGAAAACUCUCCUGCUGCAAAGAUCUUCAAAGCCGCGUACUUCUAAGCUUGGUUCCAACACUUGUAUGGUUGUUCUUUUUGAGUUCAUGUUGUACAAUCUGUUCUUCAGUGGAGUUAAGACCCUAUCGUGGUAGUAAAAAGAGAAGGGGGUAGCAAAUACAAAGCGACGGGAAGAACGAAUCAGUAGCCCCUGAAGAAAAGGAAAUCACGCCAAGAUGCAAAAGAGGACAAACUUCUUCAUGUGAUAGUUAACAUUUCUAUGCGUAAAAUGAUAUUAGAAGAGGAAUUCCUUAAAAGCAUGAUUUAUGAAAUAUUAAAAAUUUCAGAAGAUUAACAUUUCAUCCCGAGAUGAUCCUAAGACAUUUAUUUUAAAAAAAAUACGGUUUUAUUAAUAUUUCACUGUUUGAAACAAAAGAAAUUAAUUUUUAACUUUUUUCUUAACUCCCACAUGGUAUCGGGAACUCUGGAUGCGGGGUAGCAGGGGUAACCGUAACUGCGUUCACAGCGUGAUGGAUAUUCCAUUUUUGCGUGAAAAAUUGCCCUAAAAUGUGUCUAAAAAUAAACCGGUCCGUAAAAACGCCGUGGCAUAGGCCUAGUGUGGGCGUUAAUUGCUCGCUCCGGGUUAUGGGCUGCUGUAUGAACGCGUUGACAUGAUAGGUGGGAUCACCCGCUGAGGCGGGCUGUCCGGUCUGAUGUGCUGAAAUACUGAUAAUUUGUUUGAUUGAAAAGACUUCUUUAAAAUAAAUAGUACAUAUUUUUAUUUUUUUGACGAAAGACAGAACGUGAAACAAAAACCGCGAAUUUUUUGGAAACACGGAUUUGUUCCCUUUGACGCAUGCUCAUUUCAGUUAAUCAGAUCGCGGAGCGUGCGAGGAGCGUGCGGGAAAAAGAGAGAGGACGAAUUUUGAUCGCUCCUUUUUUACUUAUUGACAAUUUUUUUUUUUUUAACUGAAUUUUAUUAGAGAAACGUUUUUAUGUAGUUUGAAUUUAUUUUCAUGUGCUCAGCCGAUAUCUAUGGCGUGGACUAGUUGCUUGAAAUUAAUUAUUUCCAAAAUAUAUUUACUGUGGUUACUUCUGCCAAAGCAAACACUUUGAAUGAAAAACUACAUAAGCUUACAACAACGAAAGAAAAGAACAUUGAAUUCAUUUUUUUUAGAACUUUGAUUUGCAUAACCUAGUAGGUCUUACUGAGAACAAUUCGUGAUAAUCUUACCGCAUCAUGAGCCAGCUAGUCCACGCAAUUAAUAUCUACUGAGCACAUGGAAAUAAAAUUCAAACAAAGACUUGAAUCUCGAAUUUUGUUUGGAGGGCGGGGAAGCGUUUUACCGACUUAAUUUAUUUUCUCAACAAUGCGCUAAAGCAAUUAUAGUAAACUUAAAUUGAGAUGUUUACAGUGACAUAAUUUCCUACUCAAAAAGGUAAUUUCUUCGAUUGAACUUUGACACAAACUGACCUUAAAAGUCUCUAAAAAAACCCUGCUCCCUCACUUCUGAUUCCUACCCGGCGAGCACGGCACCCACGAAAAAAAGAGUCCUUAAAGUAAAGUUUCGUUGCUUGAAGGUGUCAUUUUUUCUCAGAGGGGUAAGUUAGUAUUUUUUCAAACUCUUCCUUUGCAAAUUUGUCCGUUUACGGUGUAUUUUCAAUUAGAUGACACCAAAUUAAUUACUGAAUUUUACGUGACGAUGGCAUGCAGCAGCCACUUUUUCAAACCUUGAAAUAAUUUACCAAGGAGCAAAAAUAUUCCUUUCAGUACCCCCCUAAAUCAUUCUAUGUGCGUGCACCGCAAGUAAAAAUGCUUUCCCUUAGCAACGCGAAAAAUAGGUCAGAGGGCCCUUAAAUGAAAGUCUCGAAGUUAAGGAUCGAAGUCCAAUUGGGACCUCAUUAAAAAGCUCGGAUUUUUGAUAGAUUUUUACCCCAAAUUCGAAGCCGACUUUAGACAAUUUUACUUGAAAACCAUUGUUUCUUUAAACAGAAUGAUGGAAUCUUUCAAAAUAGGGGGAGAAAACAUUAUGUUGAAGACAUUCAGACCAGUUACCAGCUUUUGCGCGUAACUUUGAUUUCUAUUGAUGGAACUUUUAAGACCCUUGUUUCCAGUGAUUGUUAAACUUCUUUGUUCAAUGUUCUUUAUGGGACUUUUUUGGGUGUCUGACCAACCAAGACCAAGUGACACAACAUGUGAACGUUUGUAGAAUCAUAGUGAUAUAGAUUGUUUUAGCGCAUUGUAGAUCAACAGACGGGCGAAUUGACUUUAAAAGGUUAACUCUUCUUGCUGCUUUCUUGUAAGUUGUAUCAAAAUAAAUGUAUGAUGUAUAAGGCUCAGUUUGGCUCUAGGUACUUACGCGAAAACUCCCUUAACAGAGAUAUUUAGUUCCUUUUCUUGAAGGUUGAUUCUUUAUAGUUUCAUUCUUCCCAUUUUUUCAGUUUGAUGAUCAGUUUACUAUCAAAUUUCUACGAUGAUUCUAAUUUCCAAUAUGAUUUGGUGUGGACUAUCAAUGUCCUGUUGAAGGGAGACUAAAGUGUCAGUGUUCCCAGCAAAAAGUUGACACUAGACGAAAAGGUGGUAUUAUCAGCGAAUAUAUCAACAAUAGCGAAGGGUAGAUGGUUAAUGAAAGCAAGAAAUAAAAGGGGGCGUGCAAUGCUUCCUUGAGGGACCCAGUGUGUAACACUAACUAAAGUCGAGUUGGUGCAGUUUAUGCGGAAAUACUGCUUUCGAUAAGCAAGAUUUUCUAAACAAUUGUAAGUUAAAAUCAUGGAUUUAAUAUGCCUUCAGUUUAGCAAGAAGAAGGUCAUGCCUUAUUAAAGUCAACGCACAUAAGACCAGCCGCAUUAUUGUUGUCAAUAUCAAAGAGCAACUGGUUCUACUUUAAAUCGGAUCAAUGCAGUUUCGAUCGGUUGAAUUCUCUUUUUCAAAAACCGUACUGCAAUCCAUACAGCAGGUUAUACCUAGAAAGGUACGAGUACAAUACAAUACAAUACAAUACAUAUUUUAUUGUCAACUCCCCAUGGGGGCUUUUCAGAGACAAAUAUUAAUAGUACAGGUAAUAAAAAAAAAGAAUUGUCAUUAAAAGCAAUUAUUAAGAAACUAUAGGACAUCACAAAUUGAUUAUCAAUAAACUAUUAAGAAACUAUUUACAUAUAAAUCUAUGACAUUAAAAAUUGAUUUAAAAGGAAGGCUUUCAUUUUAAGUUUGAAAAUGAUAAGAGAUUCACUUAAUUUAAAAUGGAGCUUUAACGCAUUCCACGAUGUUACAGUUCUGUAAUAAAAAGAUCUCUGUCCCGCCUUGGUUUUAAAAAGCGGUAUAUUAAGCUGGGAAGAUGAUCUGGUCGUACACUGAGUCAUAGAUAGGCCUCUCAAAGCUCUUGGAUAGAAUCACAAGAACCAAAAUUGGACGAUAAUAAGAAAAUCGGUGAAUGUCGAAAAAUUGUGUUCUCCGUUCUUACGCGGACAACCUCUUAAAAUUCCGCGUGGAAUUUUGCACCCCAAUCAAAGUGAAAUGCAAACGUUCGAAACCAUAAUGACUUUUUUGCCAUUUUUGUUCACCGGCAUCGCCCUUCCUUUAAAUAACAACAUUUGUUUGUCUGUUUGUUUUUUCAGAAUGCUUUCAGAUAAUCCAGUGGAGAUUAUUGGAUCAGAUGCAUUUACAGUUCCAGGCCGGUACUCAAGAAAUGACCUAUUAGUGUAGGUUUUCGAUGUACUGUAAUAAAGGAAAAGGAUUCUUUCAUUUCCUUUUUUUACUUAACUUUUUUUUUUGUAAUAUAUGAUUUCUGGAAUAAAUCCGAGGUUUCCAAUAUUAUCUAUAAAAAUUCUAGAAUAUGCUCUAGCUUGUUUUCCAGAGCGCUUUUAUUGACUUCAUAAUUGAGCAAGCAGCUCUAAAAACUCGAAAGCUUUUUCUAUAUCAACUGCUGCACAUCAAUUUAGAUGUAAACCUGCUUUCUUUGUGUGUAACCUACAUUCUUUCGCUAUAUUUCGCAGUUUUUUUUAUGUGUGUUAUUUUUUGUCCUGAAUAAUGUCACGUUCACUAACGUCACAAAUCAUAACGAUUGCCACAAAAUCCGAUAACGUGAUUGUUGAGGGUUGAUCAAUUGCAAGGUUUAUUUACUGUUAGGGACUUUUAGCAUCAGGUUUUUCGUGGGAAAAGCCAAACCGCAAACCGCAAAAUGUCACGUGACCAUGACCUUGCGGUCACGUUUGCAGUUUGCAGUUCACGUUUGAACCGCAGGAAGGGCUUCCAGCGGUAAGUGAUUUACGGCAAGGUUUUUUGCCACAAAAAAUUGUACAGCCUCGUUUUGGGCGAUUAAAGUGAUGCACUUCGACUUGAUGAAAACAACAUGGCGGCCCUAAACAAUGAACGCGUAGUUCAAAUCAAUUUUAUAUUCCUUUCUGCCCUACUAACAAAGGAAAGUAUUCUGUUCCAAUCCAGAGUUAAUUUUUUUUCUAUCUUGUUUCUGAAUUCAUAACUUAACUCAGUCUCUGUUUGGUUCCUACUUUUAACGUAUCACUCCGCGAAUAUCAUUUUAUUUUGCUUAUCUCUGUUAGACUGGGGAGCCCAGGCUUCAUAAAGCCGUCUGGUUUCUUCUGGGCUCCCUUGCAACCUUACAAUUCCUAUAUGUAUUCUUGUAUUGUAUUGUAGUUUGGCUAAAUAAAAAUGAACUGUACUGAACUGAACUGAACGCCUUGCUAAAGUUUGAAAUCUCGGCAACGCGAAACUGCAAACGCGUAACUGCGGUUUGCGGUCUGCGGUUUGCGGUUUACCUGAUGCUAAAGGUCUCUAUUAUCACGAAAGAGGUGUAGAGCAAAAACAAGACAGUUGAGUGUUUCUUCCUACUUCUUGAGUGUUCUAGCCCCUUUCUAAGCGCUUUACAUCAGAAUAGAGCACAGUCAAGGCUUCUUUAUUUGUUUUAUGAUAAAGAAUCCGUUUAACUCCCCACACAUUGCUUUUUAUUUCCCAAAACAAUCUUUAUUUUCACGGCGAACCACGAAGUGUCGUCAGCUUGUUAUACUCUCAUAAAACAUGCUUAAAUUAGCCAAUCACAAUCCUUUUUCUAGAAUGGCGAAAUCUCGGAUUUGACGGUGAGGGUAAAAGAAGGAAUGAGAUUGCAGAAUGGCAUGUGGCAUGGCUUGAGGACAUAACUAUGCGGAAAUUUUAUUUAUCGAAAAUUGCGCAAACAAAUAAAUUAAACAGGAAAGCACACGCGUGUCUCUGCCGUGCCGUUUUUGGCGUCAAUUUGAAGGAGCAACCGCUUUGUUGGUCCAUUUAUUACUGCUACUAAAACAAGGUUAAAAAUUGAAACACAGCUGAUAGUUCAAGUUCAAGAUCAAGUUUAUUAAAAAGACUUUGGAUACGUGCCAUAAUUAAUCCUUGUCCGCAAAGUGGCCUAUAGCUAAUCGAGGCGGGAAGAAAGAAGUAAAAAAAGUUACAAUAAUAUGGUUGAAACAUAACAAUAAAGUUAAACAGAUACACGAACAUCAACAUAUUAAAUUAACAAGACAGAGAAUACAUAUAUUUCAAAAUAGGUAAAUGAAACAAGGUAUGAAUGAAAUUAAACUGAUAAUUUAAUAUUUACUUAAUAUGUCAAUAAAGUACGCAGGCCAACAUUAGUAUCCUCCUGUAUCAAAAUAUCCAGUAGCCGACUCUGCAAGGUAUUCUUAAAUUUAUAUUUAGGUGGAACACGAUCACUGUCGGGAAUACUAUUCCAUAUUUUUGCACCAAUUCUUGAAAAGAGUUCUUCACUUGGUCCGUUCUCGAGUGCUUAAUAUGGAAAUUGUCAGUACACAAAUACUUGAUAUACACCAGUACUUGAUAAGUCAUCGAUAACUCUUUCCAAAAUAAACUGCAACGGUUCUUUACUGACGUCUCUUUUCCAGUGACGCGUAGUGAAAGUACGAAAACAUGUGAAGUUUAAACAGUCUUCUAUCGAGUUUUUACGCUCCUCAUUACAUAGAAAAACAUCGUAACGGUAGACGAGGUAAAAUAGAACGGAGGAAGGGAGAGGACACUGGUAACGAAGCUGUUAGGAAACGGCAGACUCAGCCUAGCCCCAAAUGAAAUAAACCAAUAUAAAGCCUCGUAAAUACGUGCAGAAUUACCGUGUCGUAAAUCUGUCUGGGUUUUAGGGGUAUAUAACCUCUACUUCUUAGCUAAACUCAAAUAAAGGAUGACUCUUUAUCGUAACGCUAGAGGGAUCUAGAGGGUAAGGAACGCUCGCUGAACGUGAAGUCGGACUAGCUACAAUUCUAGGGAUUUUUUAAUGCGGUGAACGAAUCAGAUCAAAUUGGAGACUAAAUGAACGCCCCGAGUCAAACAUUAAUCUGUAAUCCACAAAUCGAGUGAAGCAAACUGCUCUCCAGUGUCCCCUUUCGGCCUUUCCACGUCUCUCUGCACCUCCCUUGAUUAUGUGAGUGCCGGUGUGCGUUUGAUCGUGAAAAAAAUGCUAAAAGUAAGAAGGAAGAAAAAAAAGAAAAGAAAAGAGAGAAAGAGAAAAAGCACACAAACUCAAUUGCAAGGAUUAUUGAAGCUCGUGCUUCUUCGCCGGCUGUUAUUAGCUUCGCGCGCCUGAAACUUUACCAGGCAGCCAAGGAAACAAAAUACAAGAUACCGUCGAUCUCUGAUUAUUAAUACGGACCUUAAGUUAGGGUGGACGGUAACGUGGAGGACGGCAACCGGAAAUAAAAGUUGCCCGAUUUGAGGUAAUUAGCACAUAUCUCAGCCUCUCAAAUGGUAAACCCUUUUCAAUUACUUACUUAACACUCUUUUAUGAUGAAUAUAACAUAAGCUUGUGUAGCAAGUGUUACAACUACAGGAUUAGAAUUCCCAGCUAUAAAAUAAUCAAAUUUAAGAAUUCUCUCACCAUCUGAACAUUGGCUUUUACCCUUUUUUUCAUUCACGAAGUUUUUAGUUUAUUAUUUCUGCUCAAGUUGUAGGCCAAAAUGAAAUUGCGUGUUAAUUGGUUACCAUUUAUUCCACAAAAUAAAGCCCUGUGUAAAGCGGGGUGAAGGAACUUGUUUAUUUUUGCGCGCAACUUGCCAAUCGUAUUUUAUAAUUUGUUCUUAUUUUAAUGAAGAUGGAGGGGACUGAAGAUCACAAUAUUCAGCUUGCUAAAGAAGUUCUUGGAAGUGAGCCCUACCGCUUCAAGCCCUUGUCUGUGUAGGCUCGAUUACCAGCCGUAAUGCAACUAUCAAUGCAAUGCCGGCGGGCGAGGCAGCGCAUGGGGUGGGGAUUUGAUUGUCUUUGUUGGCCCUGGGGUAUGGCAUUUGACUGAUCUUGUUCUCCCAUGGGAAGGGAUAUUUGAAUCUUUCUUCGCCCGACGUGGAGAUAUUUGACUGCCGACUCGGAGACCGAACAUAUGUUUCCCACUUCCACGCUUCACGCAUGCGCCGUACGGUCUGGAAAGAUCUGGAAAUCAUGGAGACCAACCAGAACAAGCGAAAGCUGGAUGGAUUUCACUGUUUUGUCUUCAAAUUUCGUUUGUUUUAGCGUGUUUUUGAUCAAUUGAACCUGUUAAGACACUGCGGUAUCAAAGUAAACGAAAGUAAAGAGCAACCAAGUCGAUUUUUGCAAGUACAAUUGAUCAGUGUGUGGCUCAUUCGCUACAAUCACUGUAAGCUUAUAAAAAUGACUUUCUUUAUAUCCUUUACUAAGAAUGGUAUAUUUAAACUUACAAAAUGUGGACUUUCUCUUAAAGGUUUCUGUAUUGUACGCAGUGUAACACGGAUUAUGGUGAAAACGUAUAUAAUUGCAGCUGUAACAGGAACGUGUAUCUUUGGUGAUGCGGCAACAUAAUAUAAAUAAAGAUUUCAGAGUUUUGUUAGGAGAUAUUUUCAUUGUCCCUUUCUUGGGUCCAGCCUUGGGAUAUUUGACAGCGCAAUGUGCAGCCCGGGGUGGGGAAAUUUGGUUGCAUUUGACUGGAAUGAUUUGUCCGUGGGCAGGGAAUUUGACUGAAAAUUUUUGAAAAAUGUCAAAUCCCCGCCCCAUGCCCUAAAUCCCCACCCCCGCCGGCUUUACAUUGAUAGGUGCAUAAGAACUGUGGAGCGUGCCAAAAUUUGGCAAUAUGUAGAACGCAAAAAGGCUCAAUGGAGCGAGAACAUUCACUUUCUAGCAACAGAGGGCUCAACUAGAUUUCAUCGUACAAGGGAACGAAUUUCUCAUCUGAUAUGACACCAUCAUAAUUAUAAAAGUAGACCAAAAGCUCUCGGAUCUAUUUCAGGGAACUCAUUCUCGAACCUUCCAUAAAGUUAAGAAAAGUCUUUGACCGUCACCUCUACUGAAACUUAAACCUUGUUUCUCUCGCCGAGUCGACGUCGUCCUUCCCCAAGCUGUCGCGGCCAAAGUCACCGUCCUCUAUGUCGCCUUCCACUUAAACUUAAGGACCGGAACUAUGUCACGAGCACGCGACCCACCGUCUGAAAAAGAAACACUUCUCAAGUGUUUUCAAAUGUAAAUAAAGGUAAAAAAAAGUGAAGUUGAUCGUACAAAUAUCUUUUGCAGAAAAAAAAAAGUAAAGUAGAGAGGAGCCGGUGACCCACCAAAACAUCUCAAGUGCAGACUUUUGUGGUGUAUUAUAGGCGCUGCCAUCCAGCCCUACUAAUAAAGGCAAGCAGAAUAUAUUUGAUGCUGUGCGAACAAAGCUAAUCGACCGUGAAAAAUCAAGGAGUCCUUCCUGGCUUUUUGAUUGUCAUCGUUGUUGAGCCCGCAACAUUAAAAAAGCGGCUGCUUGUGAAUUGAUUGGCGUCAAAAAGGGCGCAAUUUUCAGUUUAAUUUAUUUCUGUGAGUCAAUCUGCUUAUAUUACAUUCCGCAAGCCAUGCCACAUGCCAUUCCGCAAACUCAUUUCCCCUUUUACCCUCACCGAUUGAUUGUUUGAAUAAGAAAAAAGCUCUCAAAGCAUCAAAGCUAUCACAAAGUGAAACGAGCGAAACGUUCAGUAAUUUGAAUGCAUAAGAAAUGUACUUUUUACGUCCAAAAUUCAGUUUCUAAAGGUAAAAAGUGCUUUAAACCCGGACGAAUUGUGGUUCACUGAUGGACGUCGUUAAACAUAACAAUUUGAUAGACUGUUCACAGUCCUCUAUUUUUCCGUAAGAUCAUCGAGAUCGAGCGCUUUCUGUUACGGGCUGCCAACUUGCAUAAGUGUUAAAACUACUUAGGGGGCGGGGACGGAUAGGAGGAAGCGAGAAAAAUAGAGGGACUGUAAUAACAUCACUGCAGCUCGCGUUCAGGAGGCGUGACAGGAAUUUCACGCCUUUUACCAUUCAGUAAUUAAGAAACUCCGCUGGUGAUGAAAAACAUGCCAGACACAUUUAGCAUCGAUUACGCGUGUUUACAAAUAUCUCUUUUAUGUUUCUGGGCCAUUCCUCGAAAUAAAAUGGGCAAACAUGCACAAGAAAACAUUUUCCUAAUCAAAAUGCCAAAACUCCUUCGUGUGUUAGCGCAAGAUGUGCCUUAUGGUAUGAAAGCGUACGUUUUAUUGAAAAGUCGACUUGUCAACGACUCGUCAAUUUAGGCAACUUAAACUAACCCCGUUGUCAACGCAAAUUAACAUCUAUUGUCUAAUGACCAAUCAAAUGCCUGCGUUGCUGGUACAACGCGCUCCGUGAACACGAGCUGUGGGUGAUGUUAUUACAGUCCCUCUAUUUUUCUCGCCCCGCCACCUCCCCCCCCCACCUCCCAAAUCUAUAAUCCCCGACGCCAGCCCCCUCGGUACAUUUGAAAAUCAAGAUACCCGUGACGGUAAGACGUGGUAUAUCUAAACGAUCUCACGAAAAAAUAGGGGACUGCGAACAGUCUAACAAUUUGAAAGCAACCUGCUUUAGCCUCGUAUCGAGAAGUGCCUAAGAAAACUGAACCUGAAAGUAAGCUUACUGAAAAAUUCUACAAAAUAGGCCACUUCCGAGUUCCUAAAUCCCUCACUUUCAAAAUGAGGCUAGGUGCACAACCUUUCUUGUGGAAAUGAGUUUUAUUUGCAUGAGAAUCAAAGGCUGAGCACCUAUCCUUGUUUUGACACAGAGGCCAGGGGGAACUCGGAACUCUCCUCUUCGCCGACGUUUUCUCAGAAGUGAUGCUUUGGUCUCGCGAUCGUGUUUUGAGCUAAUGUUAUGAAUGAACAAUAGCUCAAAAAAGAUAGACAGAGAAGUUACUUAUUGAAAAUUUUUAUUCAAAAACUAAGAAGUUUAUCGUUGAAAACUGAAGCAAAAUCGGAUGAGCACAUGGCAGAAUUCAACACAAAAUCCAUCUAUUUUGUAAUUUUCUUUAGCGUCUAUUACAAACGUUCGUGAAACAUUUAUACAUUACAUAAAUUCCUGUUUAAAAACGUAAUUUUCUUGAUCAUAGAGUAAAAAAUGUACCUGAAAAGUCUUCAAAAACUUCGCUGCCUUGGUUUUAAUUUCAAAACAGGACAUCUUGCGCUUCCCCGGGAAGAAAACAUUGUUGAAUUCCUUGAAGGACGAUUUCGUAACCAAACGCUUUCUUUAGUGCACAAAAAGAAAACUGAACAUUCAUUCGAACUUUCCCUUUCCAUUUGUGUCUUUUAACGGUGUACUUUUAACCCUGAAAUGCAAAACUUGUCUCUUGAAUUGAACCACCCCAUUCGAUAACCAGUCUUCUCUCACUGUUCCUAAUGCCUAUGGUGUGAUUCACAGAUGGCGUGACGGCUUUAACUCCGUGUUUUAUACUCUCCGCAUAAAAAUUGUUUUUUAUAGCCAAUCUUCAUUGCGUGUUGAAUCCGGCGGAAAUUUAUUAUAAUAAAUGAUAAAUAACAGGUGACUCAGGUGGAGAUCUGUCGCCUUCUGACCCACGGAAACAAGGACAAAAAAUGCACUAAAGGGACAGUAGCGAUAAAAUAAGGGAGGAGGAGAAACAAAAAAGGCCGAGAAUGAAUUAAUAAUAGCAGAGAACGUUUCAAGAUUAAACAGGUUUGAAAAGAUAAAAGUUGGGUAAUAACAAUGAAAUCUCUCAAAACCAAAACCAUGUAAAAUACAGUGCUCAGUGUAGAUCACGAUUUAGAGAUUUAUUUCAUCAAUCAAUACAUUUAUUGUCAAUAGUCCUAUUUUUAUGCCUUUUUAAUUUUUUUUGGUUGUUCAAUUUAAUACUGUUGCUGUUAAUUCUGUUAUUAUUUUAGACAGCGAAUAGUAAAACAUGUGCUUAAGGGCGCUUUCCAUUUGUCAGAACUGACCGGCCGGGCCAUUCCCGUCGUAAUAAGAAUUUCACUUUUAAUCAAAACUAUCCAGCCAGAUCAGUCAAACCCUAAAUAGCAUGCACGAAGGAAAUAGGUUUUUAUCAAAAACUCUUGGAAAAAGCCUAUUCCAUUUUCAAAAUGGCCAGUCCAGCCAUGGCCAGUUCUAACGUUUGGAGAGCGACUCAAGUUAAACAGACGAAAUAAAAGGAUAAUACUACUUUGAUGACCACAAUGGGUGAUAAAUUAAAGUUCUUUAUUCGUUGUAGAAGGGUCUCUCCCACUGAUAAUUGUUAUUGUCAAAGUUGCCAACAAAAAGAUGCGUCAGGCUUGAACAAAUUAAAAAUGCAAGCGAUGUGAAUUUUCGCACUCUCUUUUAAGUCGAUCCUUCUUCUCCUUUUUUCUAGCUUGAAAUGUUUUUCAUUUGAUUGACUUUGGUGCUACCCACCCUCUAAGAUGUUAAAUUUUUGUUUAGCAGAAAACUUUCAGUUGCAGAUACACUUAUGAUACCACCAAAUCAAAACGGUGGAAAUGCAGUGAUCUAUCAGAAUAAAUGUUUCUUCCUUAAUUUCUUUAAGAUACGCGAUACGAACAAACAUAAAGACAGUUAGCCUUCGAUCUUUCCACGGCAUUCAGGACCCUGACUUCACGACUAAUAUGUAA